AUGUUCGAGGAUAAUUGUUCAAAUCAAUAUAAGUUGUUCAGAACCCUUAUGCUCAUUAUCUAUUUGAUCUUGUCUAGUCUUGACAAAAAGAUUUCUCUAAUUUAAAUAAUGAAAUGCCUUUUUCAGGAAAUACUUGUAUUUAUGGUCAUCACGACACUAUUUGGCAGAUCAAUUUUUUUGUCUGACUAUCUAAAUUUAUUUUGGCUCAAACUAAAGUUAGUUGUGCUUCUACUAUUAGCCUACUUUGGGUCUUCAAAGCAUCUAAUGGAUUGGAAUAAACUUGAUUUCCCUUUCUGGGUGAUAUUAUUCGGUUUUGUGGGAGUGGGAUUAAUAGAGAUAUUGGAAUUAAUAAAUAAUAAUUUAUCGUAAAAGGGAUAUAAAAUCGUCUGA